AUGGGGACACGUCUGCGACUUCAAGCGCAGUUUACCCAGCGAGAUCUAGUUGUGUACCCCGGAUCUUUGCAAGCACAGAUGAUCAUGCACUCUGCACCGGAGGAAGAGCCGCGACGAAAAGUCUACAUGGCUGCCAACUCGAGCACAUCAGGGCAAAUCAAAAUUUUAGAGGACCUUCUCCACGCCCGCGGCGAAUUGGCUCGUUUGGUUGGGAAGCCUAGCUUCGCCCAUAUGACCCUGGCCGAUAAAAUGGCGAAGUCUCCUGAAAACGUCGCGCAUUUCCUGAAUGCUCUCUUAGACCAUACGCGACCCCACGCUCGCAGAGCGUUGCGCACUCUCAGUUUACGGAAGCAAGAACAUCUACAUACGUCGCCAUUCCCUACAAUACAGGCCUGGGAUAGAGACUACUACUGCCCUCCCGAGCCGCCAGCUCCACCUGUUUCACUUCCCCCACUUACCUUAGGUACAGUCUUCAUGGGACUAUCACGCCUAUUCCGUAAUCUCUACGGCAUUACCCUUCGCCUUACUAAAGUCACACCCGGCGAGGUGUGGCAUCCCGACGUUCGGAAGCUGGAAGUCGUAGACGAGAAGUCCGGAGUCAUAGGAUGGAUCUAUGCCGAUCUUUUCGCGCGACAAGGCAAGCCAAGCGGCGCGGCACACUACACCGUCCGUUGCUCACGACGAACGGACGACGACGACGCGCACCACGACCUCGACGACGCUUGGGACGAGGGCGCCCUAAGGGCGAUUCAGCUAUCUGACAAGUUCGAGAACGCUCACCGAGCUAAGAUACCGGGCUCCGAGGGUGUCUUCCAGCUGCCUGUUGUGGUAUUGCUGUGCGAAUUCACUCGGCCAUCUGUCCGCAAAGGUCCGACUAUCCUUGCGUGGCACGAAGUCCUCACCCUUUUUCAUGAAAUGGGACACGCGAUGCAUUCCAUGGUCGGACGGACGGAGUAUCAGAAUGUAUCCGGCACGCGCUGUGCUACGGACUUCGUCGAGCUGCCGUCUAUCCUGAUGGAACAUUUUUUGAACUCGCCAGCAGUGCUCUCGUUGUUUGAUAUCAAGGGCAACGAACCCCUUGUCGCAGGAAACCACCACGAGGAUCCUUGUCGUUCCAUCGACACGCACACCCAAAUACUGCUGGCCGCGCUCGAUCAAAUCUAUCACUCACCUGCUGCUCUGUCUCCGGACUUCAACUCGACGGCAGCGUUGGCGAAGCUGUAUGAGACCCGCGGCCUCAUUCCCUACGUGCCGGGCACAUCAUGGCAGACGCAGUUUGGGCAUCUUUUCGGGUACGGCGCGACGUACUACUCGUAUCUCUUUGAUCGGGCAAUCGCCUCUCGCAUCUGGCGCAAGCUCUUCGCACACGAUCCUCUGAACAGGGAGACUGGGGAGCGGUAUAAGAACGAGAUUCUUAAGUAUGGCGGUGGCAAGGACCCGUGGGAAAUGGUCGGUACGUUGCUGGACGCGCCGGAGAUGCGACAUGGCGAUGCGGAGGCCAUGGCUGAAGUUGGAAGGUGGAAAGUUGAAGAUGAGGUGUCUAUGCCUGGACGCCAUUAAUCUGGGUCCGUAGAAGAUUGCGUCGUACAUGUACUGGAAAACACGGCCGCGCAUGACGCUGACGCUUUGCAGGUUGCUAUACGUCCGACGCCAUUGCUGUUCUGAGCCC